GCGAAAAAAAGGUGUGCAAACUGGACGGACAAGGAAAAGGCAACGGCUAUUGGUCUGAUUGUGGAAGAGGAGGGCAGAGGAUUGUUCUCAACGUUCCGUGGGGCCUCUCAAGGUGCACACGAGAAAAAACAAAUGUGGGAAAACAUCUGCCAACGCCUUAACGCAUCAGGACUUUGUGUCGAAAGAAGGUCUGUGGAGGACAUCAAAAGCAUGUUCAAAAACAGUAAAUCUCUUGUAAAAGGUAAAUUAGAUGCAGCGAAAAAAAACAGGGAGUGGUGCUAUCAAACUCUCACCAGCUGAAGAGGUCUUGGCAGACCACCUAAGGGAUGUCAACCCGCGACAAAUAGACGGCAUCCCUGGGGGUGUUGAUACGUAUGUUACAGUUUCAUCGGUGCCAGAAGUUAACAUGCCUUAUACUCCAACGGAGGAUGUUACUGUUAUGCCAUUGGUAUUCUCUGUAUCAGCUGUACAUGAAACUGCGUCACCUGACCAACUACAGCCACCAGUUUCUUGUCCUGGUACCAGUCGAGCCUGUGACCCUGCAGAGGCUCUUGAGAACAGUUUUGUCUAUGAUUCCCCAACGGGUUGGUUCGGUCCUGGAAAACUCGCGGAAUCGGCAAACCAGCGAUACGGUUACGAAUACGCCGAAUUCGGCGUCUGA